GGGAUUAGGCCUAAUGGGAGGUGGUGCAUGUAGGGCUGAUUUGCAACCCGCCGAAGCGACUGCAGAGAAGGAGGGAAAAUGUCGCUGCCUUCGACGUGGACCGUUCUAGGAUCAGUGUCCUUUUAGGAAGAAACUGACUGCGAUCCGGUGAGUGGGAGACGGUCGUCACUAGUUGCAUCAAGGUUAGCUGUUUCAUUUAGUCGGCGCUGUGAUGAUUCGCUGCCUCUUUCUGGCUCUUUUCUGCCGAAUUUAAGGGCAGCUGUUAGAGAAAAACGUAGCAACGGUGGCACCUGGCAGCCAUGAUGGAUGUUUGUGGCGACAAAAGAAGCUUCGAGGAGUUAAUUUAAAGCAUAAAUUAAGCGUUUUCGACGCAGUACACAAAGUAAAAAUUCACAACUCAGUUAAAUGAGUAAUUCUUUUUAAUGUCAGCUGUAAAGUCUUGCCUCUUGUUUGAUAUUAUUGGUAAAGUUUGUUGUUUGCUCGGUGGGGGAUGCAAACUGACGCUCUGACACCAGCGCGAGGCUCGAAAACCAUGCACGCGCCAGCCGUUAAAAAGUGAAUUUGAAAUUUAGUAGGCAUUAAAAUCAGAAAUAACUGUUAUUGAACGGUUAACUGUAACCCCCUAAAUCUAUAAUCUUAGUUGUCAUAUCAGUAGGUUAAAUAUUAUCAAAGCAGUUUACUAAACCUGUAUAAGGGCUCCCAGGAUGAGAGUCAGCAUCACAGUUGUACCCGCAUUUGUGUAAUUAGCCCCAAAAAAUCGUGUACAUUUGAUUCAGUGUGCCAACAUGAGUAUAAGCGAUGCGCCGAUCCAUUUUUUUUCUGAUCCAAUCUGAUACCGAUGCCUGGAAUGAGCGUAUCGUCCGCUAUCUGAUACCGAUCCAAUACUACUGUUGAAUGAAUGAACUGUAUACCAUUCACUAUGAGUGAAGGCGUCAGAUUUGACAUAAGCCUUGUUUAAAAAAAAAAAAAAAAGGAACAAAUGAACACAUAAAUUUGUUAUAAUAUUGUUUAGGAAUAAAUAACAAAUUGCACAUUAGCACAAGGCAAAAAGAAGUAAGACCUCAAUGUAUUAAAAUAAAAAUUAAUUAAAAAAGAAAAAAAAAACUUGAUCAGAGCACUGGAUCGGCACCAUUCAUCCGAUAUCCAAUCCAGUUAAUUUGUCAAUAUCGGAGCCGAUAUCUGAUCAAAAUAUUGGAUACUUACUGUAUAUUUACUGAAUGGUGCAUUUGAUAUGUCCACAGAUUGACCUACAUAGCCAACUGACCACUCAAAUAUUCAAUUCUACACAUCCUUAAACUUGAAAAGAAAGUUGUUACCUGAACCCCGAGUUCAUGACACAGCAAAGUUAACUGACUUUAAUCUACAGUGUUUUGUACAUUUUAUCACAUGUUGAUUGAUUAUACGCCAUGCUGACUGUGCUAUAGCUGGCCAAAUUAAGAGACAAAAAUAAGAUAAAGAUUUUGAGAAUAAAGCUGUAAUAUCAUGAGUAUUAAGUUGUUAGAAAGUAAUCAAAGUAGAAUAAGAUAAAGUCAUACUAUUACUAGAAUAUUAGGAUGACUAUUAGUCUACAGCAUUGUUAUGAGAAUGAAGUUUCAAUGCUACUAGAAUUAAGUUGUAAAAGAAUAUUGUAACACUCAGAUGACCAGAAAAGUCAUAAAACGUAGAGUUCAGGUAUGUAAAGACUGAGUCAUUGCUAUGAAUGAAGUAAAAAAAAAAACUCCUUAUUUGUCUGAAAUACACUCCAAGUUAAAUGCAUUUAUCCUUUCCUUAAAUAUCAUACCUGGAAUUAUUUUUUUAAAAGUGUAUAAAAUAUUUUCCAAAAGUGUUAGGUUAUGAAUUAGAAUUUUUCUUUCUAAAUAAAUGUUUGCUUUUUUCAGGAUGUAACAGCUGCUGCGUCAUUGUGAGCCUCAUCACACAGCACAAAGAAAGUGAGACAUCCACACAGUUGCUGCGUGGGAGGUUUUCCCUUCAUCGUAACGAGAGUGUCAGCUCACGUUACCCUUUUGCAGGGUCAGCUUUAGGCAAAACCCUUUAAGACCAGAGGAGUGUAUUGUCACACUACAUGGGCCUCUGAGGUUACCUGAUCUGAUAAUUAAAGCCUCCUGAGCCUCCUCCCUCAGCUGAAAACGUACAGCCUGAGAGAAGACAUGGACCCAUCUACCAGGAUGGUGGGUCUGGAUGCCCAGGGGAACAUGGUUUUCACGGUAGUAAAACCUAUAAUGAGCAUCUUUCAAGUGUCUUCAGAUCAAAGUGCAAAUGUCGAACAGGGCAGCAUGGGACUUCAGGGUUUGUCAGAAAACACACUCAUCCUCCCUCAAGCACAAGGCCAGGCUCAGCUGGACCAGAACCAGGUGAAAAUGGACACCUUACAGACUCAUAUGCAGCCCCAUGUUCAGACCCAGAUGCAGGUUUCUGUCCCUGAACAGAUGGAGGAUGUGUCUCAAAAUCAGGACCCAACACCAAACCAGAGCACAAACACAGAGUCGCCGACACAGAUGCCUUUCGCCGAGGUGUCGUCACUCCUGGACCCAAACAUGAAAGGAUCCAAAGCUAGUAAGUGGGCAGUGGGACCAGGGAGGGACUUGUAAAUUUAAUAACCAGAUUUGAUGAAAUGUAAUCUAGCACCAAUUCUUGCUCUCUAUCCCCAGGAAAAUACCUCAUCUCGUACGAUGAAAUCAGCCGGCGCCUCCAGGCUCCAGAGAAGAUGUCCUUGCGCUCCCUGGCAGCCUACACUCGGGUCAGCAGAGGUCCAGCCAGCAAGAAGACCCUCCUAGAGUCGCUUGGUGUUCUCGGACUCACUCCCAGCACAAACACCUCUGUGUCCUCGUCUUUCUCCAAACUCACAGAAGGUGCUUUAAGAGGACCGACCAGUGUUGUUUUCGUUGAAGUUGACGAAAAUAUUUCAUCAUCAUCAACGAAAACAACACUGCAGAAUAUGUUUAGUGUUUGACUGACGAAAUGCUCAUGAAUUUCGCAACUCUGUUCGUCGUCCACCACUAACGUUUUUGUCUAGUCUCGUCUCGUCAACGUAAACGCACAUUCACCUCGUCACAUUUUAGUAAUCUAAGACUUAUGUUUAGCUCGUCACUGUCACGUCUUAGUCGUGGAAAAAAAGGGGCAUUGACAAAAUAUUUUAUAUUUCGUCAACGUCAUCAUCAACGAAAACAACACUAUCUCCGACACGUAAACGAUCAGCCGGUCGUCCAUGUUGGAUAUAUCCGUGAAUCUGAUUGGUCAGAAGUUGACACACAGUAUGCGAAACUUUAGAAAAUUCGACCAUGAUACGAAAAAAUAAAUGCCGCAAUAUCGCAGGACGGGAAAACGUCGCUGAUGUAAAUGCUUGUAUUGACAGGAUACGGGUACGAAAAAAAAUACUGACGUCCGAAAUGACCGCAUUAAAAAAACACCCCCGGUGUGAAAGGACCUUUAAUAUCUGGUAAAAUAAAAAAACUUCAGAGACUGACUUCUGUUUGUGUUUUUAAGGCGACACUGGAGCUUUGUGUGACGACAUGAAGGAUUUUGCCCAUGACUACAUCGACUACGGUAACAUGGCGAAGCAGCUUAUCCCUGAGAUGAACACGGUUCAACACUGGUCCAAAAUAAUUGAAACUAAGUGAGUGACUUAUUUCCUUGUGAUAGGAUCUGCUUAAUUUCCUGAGGAGGGAAUAACUCUUCAACUGUUUCCUUUAGGAACCACCUUGAGGAUAUGAGAAAGUGUUUCAGGGACCCGGUCAACAGCGGCGCGUUCGAUAACGUCACUCACGGCCUGGGAUUGGGAAUGUUGGACGUGGCUCUGGACAUGAUCAUCAUGGUAAUAGAUCAGCAGAUCCGGAUCCUGUCUGGUGCAGCGGCGUCAGACCCCGCUGACUCCGGUCCUCCGCUGCGGCGCAUACGCAGGCGACACCGCAGAGCCCGUUUGAAUGACGGCGAGAAGCCUCACAAGAUGUCCGGGGGGGUCAAAGAGCAGGGGAAGAUGAUUUCUAAAGGUAAAGUACGCAGAGCAAAGAAGAAGACACAGCAAGAAAGUGGAUCUGCUGCUCCUGAGGAGACCCAGACUGACCAGAGUAAAGCUGAUGACGCGGAGAGUAAGAAUAACGUCCUCACUCUGGUGUCUGUCGGAUACGAGACUGUUUCCAGUGGGCUGAACGCAGCUGGAACUGUUUGAUACCGGGUCUUAUGAGGAACCAAACGGACCCCCUUUAAAGGGAUACUCAGUGACUCUUUUGAAUGAGUUUUGAUGAGCCCAGUAUCAAUGUCACAUUAUGUCACACCGUCAAAGCUAAAUCAUAGAGAUAGUUUGACGUUUAUGUCAUAUUCUGUUGACUAAUUAUACAAGUUUCCAACAUCAGAACAAAAUCACAGGAUACCUUUUCAUCUCAAAAAUUAAGGUUUUUAUUUCUUUUAAAGCUCUUUUUUGGUGUCAAGUUAUACUUUACACUCAUUCCUUUAAAGUUUAACAUCAUUUAACUGAAUCCAGCCGUAUAUUUUUCUAUGCUGCUGUCAGCGAACACUAAUAUCACCUCUAUGUAUGAAAAUAAACAUAGAAAAUCACCUGUCAGGUAACUCAUCAGAUGGAUUCAUUUUGUCUCAUGUUUUCUUCAUGUAUUUAUUCAUGCGUAGAGUUGAAGGUAAUGUUGUUCUGUACUAGUCUCUUUUUACUUGAAUAUCAAGAGGAAAGUGAAACAUAAAGAUUCAUUUUCAAAACUU